AUGAGCGGUGACGAGUUUCAGUGCACUGGCUCGGGCAGUGCUGACGUGGUGACUGUGACCGGGCAGCGGGCCCGAGUGAGUGUGCUGGUGGUGAGCGAGCGGCCCCUGGGAGUGGAACUAAUUAUCGGCAUGUCUGGCAUCUCUAGCCUGGGGGGUGUGAGUGUGCAGUCACCGUCUCAAGUCCGCUUCUGUGGAGCCGCUGCCCGUGCACCACUCGAAGUUGACGCGCCGGACUUUAGUGUGCGGUUCGACUCGGCAGAGCGAAAGUGGACUGUGGCUUGGAAGUGGGCGGACAACUCUGGCCCUGAGUGCCUGGAAAACUCUGUGCCCCAGUACUCCGUGCCACGGUCCGCCCGCUACGAAUUUGACACAGAGCUGGAUACAUGGAUCAGCAACGGCUGGCUGCUGCCAUACGACGAGCAGCGGCUCGGCCCGCCGCGAGGGCUCGUACCGCUGAUGGCUGUACAACAGAAGAAUAAGGAGAAAGUGAGGCCGGUGCUGGACUAUCGGGAGUUAAACAGCCACCUAAACGCCCACACCGCUGAAGCAGAUGUCUGCGCCGAUCAGCUGAGGAAGUGGCGGCGUCACGGCAGAAACGUGGCGGUCGUUGACCUCAAAAAGGCGUACCUUCAGAUCCAUCUCGACGAAAGUCUAUGGCCGUAUCAAACGGUUGAGAUUCGUGGCCAGCGCUUCUAUCUGGGGAGGCUAGGAUUUGGACUCAGCCUAGGGCCGCUAGUCAUGAAGGCGGUCGUCAGUGCUGUGCUGGCACAGGACCCUGAAAUCCAGCGUGCAGUGCUCUCAUAUGUGGAUGACUUGCUGGUAGAUGAGGACAUUGCGAGCGCGGAGCGGGUUGUCAGUCAUUUCGCCAGGUAUGGACUCGAGUGCAAGGCCCCUGAGCGUGUGUCUGAUGGUGCGCGGCUGCUCGGACUGCGAGUUCGCCCACUGCGUGACGAGCUGCACUGGGAGCGAGACAACCCUGUCGGCCCCCCGCCCAGCCCGCUGACCCGCCGCAGCGUGUUUGCUUGGUGCGGUCGCCUGGUGGCCCACCUCCCGGUCUGUGGGUGGCUGCGUCCCGCUACAGCCUGGCUCAAACGCCGUGCUAAUGCUGUGACACGCGGCUGGGACGACAUGACAGCGGACCGUACGCUGCAGGCGCAGGUCGAUCAUGUGGCUGAACGGGUGAACAGUGACGAUCCGGCGCACGGCGUGUGGUGUGUCUCAGGUGACGCGGCCGUGGUGUGGACGGAUGCCAGCUCGCUGGCCGCAGGCGUUGUUUUGGAGACCGCAGACGGGGGUCCACGUCAAAACAGCUAG